AUGAGUUUAGCUAAUAAUUUGCGUACUAGACUAUUUACUUCUCAAGCAACUCAUCUGUCUAAAAACAAAAAUGACUUUAAAAGUGAAUUUGAUGAACUUAUAAAAGAAUUGGAUGUGUUAAAUUCUAAUAACUGGCCUGAUAAUGUUGAUAUUCUGUAUGAAGAUGACUGUGUUAGAAGAUUAGUUACAAGGUUUCAUUUAGAUGAAAAAUCUACGAUCCGAGGAUUCCGUGAGUUUAAAGAUACAAAAGAUUCCUCACAAAUAAACCAUCUACAUCCUCUUUUGACUGCAGUCAGAACAAUUGCAAUUUCUUCCUCUGAAUGUGAGAGAACAUUCAGUGUAAUGAGCAAUAUAGUUACAUCAAAAAGAAAUGCUUUGACUACAGGGCAUAUAUCUUCAUUAAUUUUCAUUAACUGUAUCGGACCUCCCAUUCAACUGUUCAAACCAGAUCAUUACGUCGAAAGCUGGAUAAAAAGUGGAAAAAGAAAUUCUGAUGAAGUAAACUGUCCUAAACGAUCUUCUAAAUAUGAAGAUAGUUUAUAUGAAAACUUAUGGACCUUAUUUAAUAAGUAG